AAUGACAGUGACGGUUACCGAUUUGGAUUGAGGGUGUUGUUGAAGAUGAGCGAUUUCGUGUACAGAAUCAGUACAGGGAAGGAGUGGGAGGAGUUGCAAACUAAUGGAUCCACUUUCGGCGGGGACCUUGACAAGUCUUCUGCUUUCAUCCAUCUCAGCAAGCACGACCAGGUUCGGUCAACGCUUGAAAAAUUUUACUUGAACUGCAAGGAGGAACUCUACCUGCUUCAGAUUGAUGCUAAAAAGCUUGGCGAUGGUUUGGUGUAUGAAAUUGUGGAUGGAUCAAAUAGCUUCCCUCAUUUUUAUGGGCCAUCUCGAAGCUUUAGCCCUCUCCCUCUAGAUGCGGUAACAAAAGCGGAGAAGCUGUCUCUCUCAGAUGGUCGAUUCAGUUGUGGUUUGCUUGAUUAAGUAUAUAUUCAGCCUGAUCAACUGCCAUCUUUCUUGUUUUCUCACACUUCUUUAUAUUGUGUGUGGUGCGUGGAUGUUUGUUACCUGCUAUCUGUCUGACUAUCUAUGUAAUGGACAAACCCUAUUAAUCCUUCUUCUUUUCUUUUUUUUGUAAACAAAAUUAUUAAUCCUUUUUUAAUGGAGGAGAUGGAAUCCUGUGA